AUGUUGAACUCUACAAUGCGAAGUCUCGUCUCUCGAACAGCCUGUAGAUCUCAAUCGUACUUCUCAACUUCCUCCGUGAAAAACAUUGAAAAGUUAUGGGAGAAUCCAUGGAAGCACGCUAUUCCAGAAAAAACAAAAACUUUCGCAACAGUUGAAGAAGUACCUGUUGACUGGAGCUUUGUGGAGAGAUUGAUGCCAAUUGAAGUGGUACCAGAAGUCCCAAAACAUGAUUCUUAUCCAACACCGAGUGGAUGGACACCACCAACUGCUGCUGGAAAAUCUCAUUCCUACUAUGUUCGUCGUCGCCCAGAUCAUCUCCUUCCACUUUAUCUAGAACGAAAACGGGAUCUACUGAACGAGAAAACGCUAGACUUUGAUUAUGUCGAGUUGGUGACUGUGCGAAACGUAGAUGGAGACGUUUUUGCUUGCGAGCAUGAUCUCCGUAGCUAUCUUGAAGAACAACUCGGACAUUCUGUGGCAAGCCACGUUGAUGAACUGAAGGGGCGAAUCAAGGUAAAAGGAGCCCCAAGAUUGCUGAUUGAACAGUUUUUCUAUAGCAAAGGUUUUUAA